AACACUGGAUAUGCCUGGCUGCAUCGCUGUCGGCUGGCUGUGUGUGUGUUGCACGUUGACGACGCUCAUUCGCUGUCUCCUGUCACGUGACUGGGCCAGCUCUAUACUCUGCCAGGUACAGGGGUGUCCCAGCACAUAGUAAGUUAAGUAAGUCAUCAAAAACAUCUGAAAGUGAUGCUUGCACCCCCCACACGCCGUUUUUUGGUUUAUAUCGAUACUUUUUUCAGAAAAGUGAUGCCAAAUGAGUAGCGUGUGAGUAUCGAUAUAUCGAUACCACAGGAUCGAUACGCACAUCCAUACUACUUUGCUUACGGGGGAGUUGGCAACACUGGUCCCCUCGUUAUCAACGCACCACCAGAGGUUCGAUAAAGAAUAUACUGUGUAGGACAGAGCGUUAAACAAACAUAUUAUCACAUAUAUGUUUUGAGAAUAACGCGUGUGAAAAACUGAGAUUCUGGGUUUGUUGAGGCCGUCAAAACGGCGUUCACCAAUGGAGAGUCAAGCUACAGGUGCUGCUCGGCUCCUACAGCGUCAGCAUCAUGUCGGGACUGUACGCUACCUUGUAAUUACCACAAACAUGUCCCAGGUUGCUUGUUUUAGGGCUUUAAAACGCCUUGGAACCGACGUGAUGGUAUAGCUGAAAGGAAUAAUUAACUCAAAGCUAGCUAAGAGUGGUACAAGGAGAAGCCAAAAUAGCCGCGAGCUAGGAGGAGGGGAAGCUAGCCAGCUAGCCGUCCAUGGCAGACUCCGCCAAGAAGAAGCAAAAGAAGAGGGUGAGGACGGCCGAAGCAAAGAAAAGGAAAAGAGACUUGGACCGAGUGAGAGACCGGACCAGAGUCAACAUUGGACACGCAUUUAUAGGCUGGAGACAACUGCGAGAAGAUGUUGGAUGCAAGACCGAUGAGGAGCUGGCCUUCGUGCUUCUGGACUCGUAUCAGAAGGUGACUCAAAGAACAUUCGUGGAAUGUCCCUUGCAGACCAGAAACCAGGAAUUAAAAGACUAUGUUUGUGAACUCCAGAUGUCUAUUAUGCAGAGGACCACUGCAUCUGCCGCACUCGAGCCGUUAUCAACGUUCGCAGACUCUAGGUUACUUGGGCCUCUUUCAGAGGAAACCAUAAAGUCAGAACCGGUUGACGAGCGCAGCAUUGACAAGCAUCUUCCGGAAACGUCCAAGGAGCCGGAAGACAACCACAACCAUUGUCCAAUCCGAGAUUCAAAGUGGACAUUAGCUGAGGAGAAGAGUCUCCAUAUAGAAUCAGUUUGUGCGUGUGAGGAAGAGAUCAACAUGGUUUCUCCUAUAAAAGAUGAACUGGAAGAAGAUGGUGGCAAUUGUCACGGGGAGCCUUACGCUUGUCCACACUGCGGCAUUAGGUUGGAAAACGAGGACCUUUUGAAAACCCACCAGUGCUCUGAGGAUGAAUCGUCCGACUCUGACUCUGACUCUGACUCUGACAUGUCACCUUUUGAUGACAUCACAGAGGAGCAAGGCAGCGAUUCAGACUACAUGCCAGGCACUUGUGUUUGGGAUCAGAAGGAGACAAAAAUAUCAUCAGAGAAUUAUCCUUUGCAGACCAGGAAGGCAGAGAAUACCUCUUAUGACACUGAGCCUGACUAUGAAGACCACACAGAUGAGCACCUUCAGGAUACGUCGAUGGAGGAUCCCAAACCAAACCAGCUUCGGCCCAGGGCCAAGAAGGUCGUCGACUGUCCAACCUGUGGCAGAGUGUUCCCUCGUAACACUGCCCUCAAACGCCAUCUUGUCAUCCACACGGGUAGCAGGCCUUUCAAGUGCUUCAUAUGUGGAAGAGGCUUCACGCAGAGUGGGAACCUCAAAACACACAUGAAGGUUCACAAAGGAGAGUCAAACUGGACGUUAGCGGAGGAGAAGAGUCCCACUACAGAAUCGCCCUCAGUCACAAAUCAUUUGUGUGGAGAGUGUGGAAUGAACUUCCCCCUAAAAGAUCAACUUGAACAUCACCGCAGCAGUCACAAAAAGCCUUACGCUUGUCCAAUCUGCGGCAAGCCAUUCAAAAACAUAGAGUCGUUAAAGAUCCACAGUCGUAUUCACACCGCGAACUCGCCGUUCGCCUGCUCCAAGUGUGGAAAGACUUUCAUCACGUCGUGCAGCCUCAAGAGACACGAGUUGGCCCACCGCAGGGAAAAGAACUACCACUGCGAGCAGUGCGGCAAGGCCUUCCUGUAUGCCUCCUACCUUGCAGUGCACCUCAAAACUCACAGCGGAGAACGCCCUCACCUGUGCGCCAUCUGCGGGAAAAGUUACACACGAGCCGAGACACUUAAAGUGCACCUGAGGGUUCACACCGGAGAAAAACCAUACACCUGCGAAAUAUGUGGGAAGUCUUUUUAUUACUUUCAAGGCUACAGAUCACAUAUAAUGAUUCACGACAAGAAGCCAAAACCUCCAACAAAGCCAUUGGGGAGACCUAAACAACAAACUGUGGUAUAAUUCACCAUGUCAUCCAGCAAAUGUUAUUUCUUGGAAAAAAACACUAUUCAUCUGUGCCAAUAAUGUACUAUCUGAACGCUGAGCUGAAUAUGAAGCACCGAUUCACUUGCUGCUAUUCUGUUUAUAAGAAGAUUAAGAUUAAAGUACCAAUGAUUGUCACACACACACUAGAUGUGGUGAAAUUUGUCCUCUGCAUUUGUCCCAUCCCCUUGGGGAGCAGUGGGCAGCAGCGGCGCCGCGCCCGGGAAUCAUUUUUGGUGAUUUAACCCCCAACUCCAACCCUUUGUUGCUGAGUGCCAAGCAGGGAGGUUAUGGGUCCCAUUUUUAUAGUCUUUGGUAUGACUCGGCUGGGAUUUGAACUCCAACCUACCGAUCUCAGGGCGGACACUCUAACCACUAGGCCGCUGAGAUGGAUAAGAAUUGAUUGAAAAUACAUUUCUUGUCCUUUUUCAACCUGUUGAACACGUUUCAGGGUUGUAAUUUAUAUCAACUUGAUUUAGACAUUCUAUUUAGAGGAAUGCUUCAUAAUAAUGCCAGAAUGUGUCUUGUUCGAUUGUUGACUGGUUUUCAGAGUAAUUAAAAGUUGUCAGAACCUUCUUCAAACUCAAAACAUUGCUCCGGUGACCAUGUUGGAAUCGAUCUGAGUCUGAUUGUUUUUCCAGACUGAUUUGUUUCACAUACUCUAGCCACAGGUUCCGUAAGUCUUUAACACUAUUUGGUGGUUGUUGUUUUUUUACUACUUUAGUGGGUUCACACCGCAUAGCUGUAAGUACUAUUUCAAUAUUGUACACUUGCAUGGGUGUCAAACUCGUUUUUAUUGAGGGCCAUCUCACAAUUAUGGCUGCGCUUGUAACAGUAAAUAAUGUAAAUGUAAAGAUUUGCUUCAUGAUAUUGUUAUACAAUUGCCUAUAUGUUUGGUUAUGAUAUAUUUUUUACCUACACUGUUAAAAAUUUAGAUUUUAGGACACAAUUUUGGCAACUGAGCUGCCUUUUUUAUUUAACCGUAAAAUAUACGGUUGGUAUUUUGUAACAGUGUAUUUCUGUUAGUUUUGGUUUUUUUACAGUAAGAUUCUGAUGACUCAGCUGACAGUUGUUACCGUUAAAACUGUUGUCUUUUUCACAGUACAAUUUCAUGGAUAACUAUAUAAAUCAAGUCAAGCAGAUAUAUAAGUAUUUUAACAUUUUGAAAUGUAUGAUAAUAUAUUUGUAUUAAUAUUUAAAUUUACAGGGUAUGCAACUGCAUUGUAUUUUUUGUGUCAAAAUAGACAUAAACAAAGUAUUUAUUGACACAUGUUAUUUCCAGGCUUUCGCGGGCCAUUUAAAAUUAUGUGUUGGGUUAGAUUUGGCCCCCGGGGCUUGAGUUUGACAUCUGUGGUGCACAGUAUUAACAGUACGAGACAGUCAAGAAUUCUAAACUUUGGGGCUGAUUGUAAAAGCAUGAACUAUUUGUGAAUUUUUAAAUGCAGUGCUUCUCAAAAAGUGUGGUGGGCCCCUGUGGGGGUGGGGCGCGUGUGACCCCAUGCUUUAUCAGUAUGCAGUACCAUAUUUCAAACCCUGCUUGGAAAC